AUGGACGACGAUGACUUUGGGGCAGACGCCGACUUCCUGUCUGCCCUAGCCUCCUCUGCGCCAGCGACAGGCUCCAGCCAGGCACCAUCACAGCCUCGAAUCCAGCAGCCCACGCCCCAACGCAUCCAGCAGCCGACACCACAGCGGCUCGACCGCGCGCCUCCCACCAGUGCCUCGGCCAAUGGAGCAGCCAAGAUUGUCCAGCCAACACCACAGGCCCUGCCCCAGCGGUCUUCCGGAUCCUCGAUCCUAGUCUCUCCACGGCAAAAGGGCAAUCCCGUGCUGGCCUCGCUCCGUUCUGUAGCCUGGGAAUACAGCGACAUUCCUGCCGACUAUGGCCUGGGCCAGACGACAUGCGCCCUGUUCCUCAGUCUCAAAUACCACCGGCUGCACCCCGAGUACAUAUACACACGCAUACGAAACCUCCAGGGCAGAUACAAUCUUCGGAUUGUCCUGACCAUGGUCGAUAUACAGAAUCACGAGGAUUCGUUACGGGAACUCUCCAAGACCUCUCUCAUCAACAACGUCACCGUCAUCCUGUGCUGGUCGGCCGCGGAAGCCGCACGAUAUCUGGAACUGUACAAGUCCUACGAGCAUGCCAAUUUCGCCGCCAUCAAAGGCCAGCAAGCGACUGGAUAUGCGGAACGACUUGUUGAGUUUGUGACCGUUCCCCGCGGUAUCAACAAGGCCGAUUCAAUCUCGCUGGUCAGCGCAUUUGGUAGCCUGAAGAACGCAGUCAAUGCGGACCCCGAACAGGUUUCCGUGAUCGGCGGCUGGGGUGAGAAGAAAGUCAACAAGUGGUGCAGUGUCGUAGCAGAACCCUUCCGAGUGGAAAGGGCGGCAAAACGGACUCUUGAGCGUGGCGACAGCUCUACGAUGGAUGUGGCAGUUCCUCUCAGCACCGUGCCCUUGCGCGACAUGCCAAGAGCCAUCGCAGCAAAGAAUCAGGCUCUGUCCAGAGCGGUGACCAGAGAGAACACCCAGGCGUCCGACAAGCCGGCUCAGCAUCAUAUCUGGGACCCUGACGAGGAUGAUGAUCAAGACGACGAGGCGGCGAUAGCUGCAGCGAUUGCGGAAUCCAUGAAGACCGUCGAGCAGGACAGGCCGGCAACGACAGCUUCCGCAAAACCACCUUCGGAGGACCAGUUGAAUGACGGCGUGGCUGCUGCUCUAGCUCGACUGAGGCAAGGCGGGUGA